ACUCAGUCUGUAAAUCAGAGGAAGUGAACAAACACAGGAAGAGCUGAUAGUGUUUAAAUAAAGAGAUGAGAUCAUAUACUGAAGAGAAAGACUGAGAGAAAGAGAAAAUGUCUGAUAAUAAUCAUCUGUGUCUGCUGGGACUGAUCUUUCUCUCUUCACUUCUCACAGGUGUCAGUGGAGUGGAUGAUGUUCAUGUGUUCAUCAGUUCUGGUGAAGAUGUCCGUCUGCCCUGUAAUAAUGCUCUUCAGGACUGUACAUCAACUACAUGGAACUAUAACAGAUUCAGACAUUCAGCAACAGUUGAACUGAUUCGUUUAGGGAUAAAGAAUAAAGACACAGAGAGACAUGAGAGACUGAGUCUGGGGUCUGACUGCUCUCUGAACAUCAGGAACAUCUCAACAGAAGAUUGUGGAUCUUACAGCUGUCAACAAUGGACUGGUGUGGGUGGACAACAACAAGGACCUGAUGCUGGUGUUUAUCUGCAUGUUCUUCAUGUCUCAUCCUCACACACUGAGAUCAGUGCAGGUCUCUCUGUGUCUCUCUUCUGUCGGCUGUAUUCAUAUCCUCAAGGCUCUUGUGAUGAUUGGAUCCGUUAUGAGAGAAUUCAUCUGUUCUGGGUGAAUCAGGCUGGUGUUAAAUCAGACUCCAGAUAUCAGAUAUUAUCCUCAUCAGGUCACUGUAUCAUCUCUCUGAAUAAAACACUCCUGAAUGAAGAUCACAACAGAGAGUGGAGAUGUAAUGUUACUCACAGAGAUCAAGUCAAGACCUCAGUCACAUACACUGUCAAGAGUUCAGUGAUUUUGAUUAUUGUUGAGUUUGCUGUGUUUGCUGCUCCUACUGUGAUUCUUCUUCAGAUCAUCUGUGCAAGAAGAGCUGAGAGGAAGGACUCGCAGCAGCCAGAGGAAGUAGAGAUGAAUAUAAUAAUAGAAUAA